AUGGAACAAGAAUGUUAUGCAUUUAUCUGUGCAUUAGACAAACGGCAUAAUUAUUUAAGUGGAAUUAAAUUUACAUGGGAAACUGAUCAUAAAGCAUUAACACAAUUAAACAAAAAAGCUCAAAUUAAUAAACGAUGCGAACGCUGGAGAUUAAAAAUUUUAGAAUAUGAUUUUAAGGUCAAAUAUAUUCCUGGUUUAACCAAUUCAAUGCCUGAUUAUUUAUCACCGACACCAACAGAUUUCGAUAAUAUUCCCAAUCAUUUACAUGUUGUUACAGCUGUUGAAAUUGAAACUCGUGCUAUGAAAUUACGAAACGCAAAAUUACCUAAUACCAAUAGCACGGAACAGUUAAAAUUUGAUUCUCUAGAUACUUCUCUCGAAGAGAAUCGAAUUAUUCCAUUUACAAAUGAACAAUUAAAAGAAGCUCAACAACAGGAUGAUUAUGCAAAUACAAUUUUGAAGAAUAUAAAGAAACGAAAAAACUAUCUAAUCA